AAUGAACGGCCUGGAUCUGCUAAGGGCCGCCGUCCCCUGAUGCUGAGCUGCCGCCGCCUCCUCGUCGGCGUCGCGCCACGCGCACCGCCCGCCGCUCACCGUCCUCUCCUCCGCCGCCGCCGGAUGGCCUCCUCCGAGCCGACCCGCGCUUUCCAGCUCCGCCUCAACCCGCUCACCGGCGACUCUGAGUGGCUCGUCGUCGACGAGGCGGAGUGUGCGCCUGCGCCGACCCAGCACAGCAGCCACCCCCUCGCCGCCACCUCCUACCUCGACAUGCUCAACGACGCUGCACGCAACCGCGCGUACCGCCACGCCAUCGAAGCCACUGUCGCUGACCCCACCUCCCGCGUCCUCGACAUCGGUGCUGGAACUGGAUUGCUCUCCAUGAUGGCUGCGCGAGCUUUGGCAGCCGUUGGAGGCGAAGGUAGGGGGGACGUCUCAGCAUGUGAGUCCUACCUUCCUAUGGGUAAAUUGGCACGAAGGGUGCUCAGAGCGAACGGGAUGCAAAAUCAAGUCAAAGUCUUCCACAAGCGUUCAGAUGAGCUCAGAGUUGGGGUUGACCUUGAUUCUCGAGCUGAUAUACUGGUAAGCGAAAUUCUUGAUUCUGAGCUCUUGGGCGAGGGUCUCAUACCUACUCUACAGCAUGCACAUGACAUGUUACUGGUGAAAAAUCCAAAGACGGUCCCAUAUCGAGCUACUACAUAUGGAGUGUUAGUUGAAAGCAUGUCCUUGUGGAAGAUGCACGAUCUGCACAGCAAUGAAGCAAACGCUGACGAUGGCGUGUGGCUUACUCCCAGUAGGACAGAAAAUAUUCUUUCCGUGAAGCUACAACAGCAUGCCAUGCAAUGCAACGCGCUGGCAGACGAGAUACGUCUGCUGUCAGAACCCUUCAAAGUUUUUGAAUUUGACUUUUGGAAACGACCAGAUAGUCAUCGUGAAACAAAUAUCGAGAUACGUGAAACAAAUAUCGAGAUAAAAGCAACUUCUGAUGGACAUGUUCAUGCGAUUAUUUCAUGGUGGGUGCUUCAACUGGAUUCUACUGGAUCAGUCUUUUACUCAACUGCUCCUAGAUUGGUGAGACAAUCAAGUGGUGUUGAUGUACCAAAGUGCGCCAAUGGCAUGAAGGAUUGGUGUGAUCAUUGGAAGCAAUGCGUUUGGUUUAUACAAGGGACAGGGGCUCCUGCUAUGAAAGAUCAAACUCUUUCUUUGAGAGCUAGCCAUAACCAAACUAGCAUCUCAUAUCAUUUGAAUAUGUGUGAUGAAGGAAGCACUGUAAGCCCCAAAAAUGACCAUCUAGCAUUGUUGCCAGAAAAGGUAGCACUUUAUGGUGAUAAAGGUUGGAGAUCAGCGAUGAUAAGUGUGAUUAGAAAUGCUAUGAGUGAAAGAUCUUCUCCAACCUGCAUUGUGGCCGAUGACAGUGUGUUCCUAGCUCUGGUAGUUUCUUCUCUGUUACCAUCUUCAAAAGUCAUUGCAAUGUUUCCUGGUCUUAGGGACAAGGGCUUUAACUAUCUUCGAGCUGUUGUGGAUGCAAAUAAUUUAUCCAUGGACCGGAUUAAUGUGAUCGGUAAAAAAGCCUCAUCACUCACUAUGAAUGACUUAAAACAUAAAAAGGUUAAUCUAAUAGCAGGGGAACCUUUUUAUCAUGGAAGUGAAGGGAUGCUACCAUGGCAAAAUCUGCGUUUCUGGAAUGAAAGGACUCUGCUUGAUCCAUUGCUAUCUGAGGAUGCAUUAGUCGUGCCUUGUAAGGGAAUAUUGAGAUUCUGUGCUAUGUCACUUCCGGACUUAUGGAGGAGUCGUUGCAGCCUUAAAGAUGUUGAGGGUUUUGAUCACUUGGUUGUUAAUGAUACUUUAGGAGCCUGUGGUGAUCUGCCUGGAGAGCAGCAAGGCCCAUGCCUACCUUAUUAUGUGUGGCAAUGCGGUUAUAGCAAGAAAUUAAGUAAGGUGUACUCCCUCAUGGACUUCAACUUUUCUGAGCCUAUCCACUCUUGUUUUGGCGAAACAAAGAUUGAGUUUGCCCAUGAUGGAAUAUGCCAUGGUUUCACACUUUGGAUUGACUGGGUACUUGAUGAGAAAAAUUCAGUUGUCAUAAGCACUGGGCCAGGUAAAGAAUAUACACCAACCAUAAUGGUACUCCCUCCGUCCCGAAAUUAACGUCGUUUAAGGUUUUGAGCUUUGUCCCGCAAAAGAAGUCGCCUGCGCGCUGCAGUAGGCACACUGACAAUCCCAGGCCAAUUAAAAUCCUCCAUGGCCCCCGCCAUUAACCCGCCAGCGACUCUUCUCAACCACUCGUUGUCCUGCGGUCACACCAGCACUGCAGCAGCGCAGCUCUGUCUCCCUGCUCUCUCUCUCACCACGCGGCGGACAGCGGUUUGGCGGCAACCCCGCGGUAGUACUUGCUGAAGGGCACUUUCGUCUUUUCACCUUGCUCUCAUUUCGGCGGCGCCUUCCUUAAACGACGUUCUUUCCGGGACAGAGGGAGUACCUUUUUAUUGAUAUCUAGUAAAUAUAUAACCUGGGAUUUUUGAAACGAAAUAUGGUACCCCCCUGCUAUUGGUGUGUGGAUGUUGAGCUCAGAGAGCAGAUAUUGGAAGCAAGGAGUGUAGCUGCUUAGCAAGCCUGUACAGGUGAACCCAAGCAAUACGGCAAUGUAUGUUGAGGCGCAUUUCGAUGCUAACACUGGGGAGCUGGCAUUUAAAUCCUCUUUCUUGUGAUAUAAUCCUGUGGCGGUGCAAUCUGUAAUGUACUAUGACUCUGAGCAACCGAGGUCAUGCAUUGUAAUGUACUAUGUAGCCAUUGGCAGCCUUUUCA